AUGGACAUCCAAAAUAAUCCACCUACCCGCGAAGUUGUUGACGGCGGCGGCAGGUCACCUAGCCGCAAUGACGGCGGCAUACCACCUAGCGCGAUGACUGCAGCAGGAGGUCACUUAGCCGCGACGACGGCCAUCGGCGCCGCGACUACGGCAGCAGGAGGUCGCCGUCAAACACCGACACAAACUCAAGUCGGCGCAGCUUGUCACCGGUGUCAUCCGGCCACCCCUUGCAACGGGGUGGCCGUGGUGGCAAGGCAAAUCGACCAGGACGCGGUUGGUCUGGGGCAAAAAGAAAUCCAAACAUGCAAAUGGUGA